UCAAGUACAUAAACAACAACACAAAUUAAAAAAUCUUUUUACCAAAAAAAAACACAAAUUAAAUCAUCUUCAUCUUUAGUUAACAGCUCAAUCAGUUGAUGAACAUGUCUUGUAGAAUCAACUUGUUGAUGGUUCUAGUGAUUAUUGCUCUGAUUAAUACUGAAACCUCACUUGGCAGGCUGGUUAUGGAGGGAUCUGCUGGGUUUAUGAAUGGUUUCAGGACGUUGACAAACACCAAGAAGCACGUCUAUGGUCAAGCCUUCGGCGAAGAGCCACUCCCUUUCAAGAAUUCCACCAACGGUAACGUGACUUCUUUCUCUUUGACCCUCUUAUUUGCUAUCGCUCCUGAGAAUAGACACAGAGGCUCUCACGGUAUGGCGUUUGUCAUCUCACCCACAAGAGGUAUCUCUGGUGCUUCUGCUGAUCAGUACCUUGGAAUGUUCAACGAUACAAACAAUGGAAAAAGCUCUAACCAUGUCAUCGCUGUGGAACUUGAUAUUCACAAAGAUGAUGAGUUUGGUGAUAUUGAUGAUAACCACGUUGGUAUCAACAUUAACGGUAUGAGAUCUACCAUGUCUGCUCCUGCUGGCUUUUAUGAUCAAAAUGGUCAGUUUAGAAACCUUUCUCUAAUCAGUGGAAAUCUACUACAAGUCACGGUGUUGUAUAGCCAAGAAGAUAAACAGCUUAAUGUCACCUUAUCAUCACCAGAAGAGGCUUAUUACCCCAAGAAGCCGCUUCUUUCACUGAACCAAGAUCUUUCACCCUAUGUUUUGGAGAAUAUGUAUGUCGGCUGCACAGCCUCCACAGGGUCGAUAGGAGCGUUACAUUAUGUUUGGUCCAUACAUGCGUAUUCCUUCCUUAUAGUUCCAGAUCUGGACUAUGACAUACCAAAGUUUCCUCCAUAUCCUCAGCCAGAUUCUCAGGUUAAGAGGACUGUUUUGGUGACCUUCUUGACGUUUGCUCUCUUUGUUGCGCUUGUCGCCUCAGCUUUCAGUAUCUUCUUCUACAAGAGACACAAAAUGGUGAAGGAGGUUUUAGAAGAAUGGGAGAUUCAGUGUGGGCCUCAUAGGUUUUCUUACAAGGAACUCUUUAAAGCCACAAAGGGUUUCCAUGACAGACAACUCCUAGGUAGAGGAGGGUUUGGUCAGGUCUUUAAGGGUACACUUCCAGGUUCUGACGCAGAGGUUGCGGUUAAACGGGUCUCGCAUGAUUCAAGACAAGGAAUGCAGGAGUUCUUGGCCGAGAUAUCGACUAUUGGUCGGCUUAGACAUCCCAACCUAGUGAGGCUUCAAGGUUAUUGUAGGUACAAAGAGCAGCUAUACUUGGUUUAUGACUUUCUUCCCAAUGGAAGUCUUGAUAAGUUCCUCUAUCAAGAGCAACUUACUUGGGACCAACGUUUCAAGAUCAUUAAAGAUGUUGCCUCUGCACUCUGCUAUCUUCAUCAUGAGUGGGGACAAGUUGUAAUUCAUAGAGACAUCAAGCCGGCUAAUGUUCUUAUUGACCAUCAGAUGAAUGCAAGGCUUGGGGAUUUUGGGUUGGCUAAGUUGUACGAUCAGGGUUUUGAUCCACAGACAUCUAGAGUAGCUGGAACUUUAGGGUACAUGGCACCAGAGAUCAUAAUAAGCGGAAGAGCAACCACAUGCACAGAUGUCUAUGCUUUUGGGUUGUUCAUGCUGGAAGUCUCCUGCGGUAGGAGGCUGAUAGAGCCACGAGUAGACACCAACAAGGUCGUACUCGUGGAAUGGACACUAGAAUGCUGGAAAAAUGGAGAUAUUCUUGAGGCAGUGAAUGAAACACUCCGCCAAGAACACAACAGAGAACAGCUUGAGCUUGUUCUGAUACUGGGAGUGCUAUGUUCUCACCAGGUCCCAGGAGUUAGACCGGACAUGUUGCAAGUGGUGCAGAUCUUGAAUGGUAAUUUGCAGCUUCCAGAUAAUCUACUUGAUAUUGUCAAAGCUGAGAAGGUCAGAAUGUGGUCCGAGACUUCUGAGAGAGUAGUUGAUGUUCUGACAUCACAGUGUUCUGUCGGUACCUUGGCGUUUACAGAACCUUUCACUGGACGCUGAAAGGUUACGUCAAGGCCCGUUGUGAAAUAAUAUUAGAUGUGUUGCUCUAUA